AAACAAAUAAACAAAUCGAGGAAAAGGAAGAAGAACAAAACUCAGACAACCACCGAAAACAAGACAGUCGUUUCUCUCUCUCUCUUUUUAAAAAAAAAAAAAAAUUGUAGCUUUCUUCUUCUCUCUGUCUUCUCAAAAGUUUCCGCUUUUUUCUCGCUGGAGAAGACGAAGAAGUGAGAAAGAAAACAAAAAAAUUGAUGUCUGAUCCGGCGAUUAAGCUGUUUGGGAAGACGAUUCCUUUACCGGAGCUUGGUGGCGAUUCUUCGUCUAGCUAUACCGGAGUUUUAACCCAACAUCAAGACCAGAAUCUUGUUCGGUUAUCAGAUUCCUGUAACGGAGAUGAUGAAGAGAUGGGUGAUUCCGGUUUAGAUGGAGGAGGAGGAGGAGACGAUGGUGGCUUUCACGGUGGAGAUAGCGAGAGUGAAAAAGGAAUCCAUGAACAAAAAGAUAACGAAGAGCACGGAGAAGAGUCAACGAAGGAUGAAUCUAACAACGUUGCUACAACAGCAUCGGGUACAACCGACAAAACCGAGACAGCGAAAGCUGCAAAGACGAGUGAAGAAGAGUCGUCGCAGCAGAACGAGUCAGGGGGCACUGAUUGCUCUCAAGAGGCGAAGCUGAAGAAGCCUGACAAGAUCCUGCCUUGCCCUCGAUGCCACAGCAUGGAGACCAAGUUCUGUUACUACAACAACUACAACGUUAACCAGCCUCGCCACUUCUGCAAGAAAUGCCAGAGGUAUUGGACUGCCGGAGGAACGAUGAGGAAUGUUCCGGUCGGUGCAGGGAGACGCAAGAACAAGAACCCGGGAUCUCAUUAUAACCGUCUUGUAAGCAUAACAUCCGCGGAAGCUAUGCAUAACGCGGCGAGAACCGAUCCUAAUGGUGCAAGUCUCCUCACUUUUGGCUCUGAUUCUGUCAUAUGUGAAUCCAUGGCUUCUGGAUUGAAUCUUGCUGAGAAGUCAAUACUGAAAACGCAAACCGGGUUGCAAGAAGCAAACCAAGGCUUGAAGAUUACGGUUCCUGUAAAGCCUUCAAGCGAGGAGGCCGGAACAAUCAGCCCGUUAGCUCAAGUUCCAUGCUUUCCAGGACCACCACCACCGACUUGGCCGUACGCUUGGAACGGUGUUUCGUGGACGGUUUUACCGUUUUACCCUCCGCCGGCUUACUGGAGCUGCCCGGGAGUUUCGCCUGGAGCAUGGAACGGCUUCACAUGGAUGCCACAACCCAAUUCACCAUCAGGGUCAGGUCCGAAUUCUCCGACACUUGGUAAACAUUCACGAGAUGAAACAGGAACUGGUUUGGAAGAAACAGAGUCAUCACCUGGUAGAGAGAAAAGCAAACCGGAGAGAUGCUUGUGGGUUCCCAAGACGCUGAGGGUCGACGAUCCAGAGGAAGCUGCUAAAAGCUCGAUAUGGGAAACACUUGGGAUCAAGAAGGACGAAAAGGCGGAUACUUUCGGGGCUUUCAGGUCAUCGAGCAAAGAAAAAAAGAGUCUUUCUCAAGGAAAACAUCGGGGAAGACGACCGGAGUUGCAGGCGAAUCCGGCUGCUCUUUCUAGGUCAGCAAACUUCCACGAGAGCUCAUAGGAAGAAGGUGAGAAUUUAGCAGAUGAUUUGAUUGUUUUUUGGGUUCAGUCUUGUGUUCCAAGGAAGCAGGUGAGUCCUUUUGUACAUAUAGCUCUUUUAUAUAAUGAUUUGACUUAGUGAGGGACAAGUUUAGUUUUUGGGUGAAAGAGUGAAAGUUUGUUGUAUCAUACAAUGAAAAAGCCUCAAAACUGUUGUUAAAUAAAUCUUGCAGCAAAAAUAACUUUUGGACUUGAAAGAUUUGCCAUUUUCCAUUUAAACUGAGAUUUGUUUAGUGAGGUUAAAUCUAAACUUAUGCUG